UUCCGGAGAUCGAGGAAUCUCGAGAUGUUUAAGGAGGUGUUCGCGCACUCGCCCAACUUUGUGGAAAUAAGUGAAGUGAAUUGCGCGCGUUGACGAAACGUCUCGACUAACCGGUGGGACGAACGAUGUAAAAAUGACAGAUACACGAAGGCGACGGAAUUUGCGACCGGUUAACGAGCCUAACAAGAUUCUCUGAAGAGAGAAAAGUGAACCUGGUAAAAUAAUAAAGAGACAUAAUUUGUACGUUUAAAUGAAUAUGAAAUUGAAUAUAUACGGGUCUUAAGGGAAAAAUAGAGGAGAAGCGGAGGAAGAGAAGAGAGAAAGAGAUAAAGAGCUAACGGGGAGGGUAAUACGGAAUAAAAUGUGAGAUGAAAACUUCAUAAUACGGAUAAUACGAAACAAGAAAUAAAGGAAAAACUGAUGACAAACGGAUGCUAGUGAAACAAAAAAGCAACGCUGUAGAAAGGAACAAUAUACAGGAAAGAAAAAGGAGAGAUGUAGAUGAAGAAAAUUGGAUGAAAUUGCUAGAGGAAGACAAUUACGGGUAUCCCCGGAGACAAUUAGAAAAAACGCGAACUAACAUAUAGAGUGUUAAAGUGGGAACGAAGUGCAGGAAUCGAUGGUGGGAGAUUUAAGACCGGAAGUGGUAAAGUGCAGAAAUCUUGGUGAAAAGGAAAAAGGAAGAUAUUUGGCAGAGAUGAGAUUGAUGUUGAAGGGAAAGUGGGCGAGGGGAAGCUAGAUAAAUGAACUCACAGGGCGGAAAACUUCGCGAGACCAAAAGGAGUAGCGAGGAUACGCAGAGCUUAAAGUGAAGGAUAACCGCAAGGAGGGGCGCAUUCGAACCGGAGAUGAAUAGAAGGAGGAGAUGGAUUAACGUGAAAUCAUCGCAUGUUCUCAAUUAUAAGAAACGAUAAAUUUAUCCCCACGCCGGGAGUACAUCGGCUAAUGAGAUUUGCGGGAAGGGGUGAAAUUUCCAGACGAGAAGUUCAGUUCGCUCGUCUUCGCGCUGUCAACGAUGGCGAACGAUCGUUCGCGGGCGAACAGCUUGGAAAUGGCUGAGUCACUUUGAAACGCACGUGCUUCCGUCGAAAUCGCGUGUGGCACAUCAGAGGAAUAAAUGAAUGCGAAUCGCAUCCUGCCGAUUGUAUCGGCCGCAAAGUGUUCGCGCGUGUAAUAAGCUGCUCCGUAUCAUUCGUUCGUAGCAAUCGCGUCGACGGUUCGAGAAAGACGGACGACAGACUCCGCUGACGACAGAUUGCAAAAAUUCCUUGAAUUCAAUCACAUGCACUGUGUUUAGGAAUAUAUGACAGCGUAAGGAUCUCGCAGAGAAGACUUAAGGAGAUUAUUAAAAUAACGCGUUAUUUAUCCGAAGCGUCCUUUUACUGCCGAUCACGAGAAAUUUGUGAAAAAUCAGAGUUCAGUCCUCGUCGUCGUAUUCCCAAUUCAGCUCGUUGACAUAUAUAUAUAUAUAUAUACGUCAUUUUCAUAGUGCAGUGCGAUCUCUCAUUCUCGUCGAUGCGGCGGGAAUUUCGACGGAAGUGGCAGGGAGCGGAAGCGACACCGAAAUCGAACGCGGAGUGCUGCCGCGCGAUCUUUCGUGGUGCGAGGUGGUGAUCAUCCCCCGUUGUGAGUCGCCUCGGUUAGUGUUUUCCGCGACUCGGGGGGUCGCGCCCGGGAUUCGCCGCCGCAACAUGGGCUGCGAACUUAGCAAACUGGCCGCCACGAAAUCGCGCAAUCAAGCCGGAAACGAUGGCUCGUCGCCGCCGCCGCCGCCGCCGGCCGCCACGGAUCCUCGACUUCCGCUCACGGCCAGGCAAAAAUUUACGGUUAUCGCCAGCUGGAAAGCGGUCUCUAGGGCACUGGAGCCCACGGGUAUAUACAUGUUUAUAAGAUUAUUUGAGGAGAACGCGGAAUUGCUAAAUAUGUUUACAAAGUUCCAAGAUAUGAAGACAAAAGAGCAGCAGGCGACGAGCAUGGAACUGGCCGAGCAUGCGAAAACGGUCAUGUCCACCCUCGACGAAGGUAUCAAGAGCCUGGACGAUAUGGACGCGUUCCUGACGUAUCUUCACGAAGUCGGAGCCUCUCACACGAAGAUUCCCGGCUUCAACCGACAGUACUUUUGGAAAAUUGAGAAACCGUUUCUGGAUGCGGUGGAACGUACGUUGGAGGACCGAUACUCGGAGAACGUGGAGAACAUCUACAAGCUGACGAUCAAGUUCAUCAUCGAGACGCUGAUCGACGGCUUCGACAAGGCACAGAGCGACAAGGCCAAGUCCUAGUCGUCCUAGUCCCGAGGAUCCGGCACGCACGCGAUCGCCCUCGAUCCUGCGAGAUGUUGACCGCCCCCCCCGGUUCGCUCGGUCCCUCCGGCGCCUGAAAACGGGAGAAAGCCAGCCGUCGCCGAUUUUUGGAAGAGACGACGACGAGGGAGGACAAUCGUCGUCGUCCUUGCGUUGGUUUCGCGCGGCGUCAACACGCACCGCGUCACUGCUACAUUUCUCCGCGGAUUCCCGAGAAACGCGAAUUAUGCGAGCGCGCGGCGUCCUUACGCGCCGUCGCCCUCGCCGGCCUGAGAUCUUUUUCCCCAUCGAGCGGGUCUCGCCAUUAAACGUCUCCGGAUAUUAAGAACACGAUCCCGAAUCAGUCCUUCGGGAUUCCUUUACAAAAACGCCGCGUCGCAACGCGAAGCGAAAGAGCCGCGCGACUCUCCCGACGGUCGAAGGAUUCUUUUUUUUUUUUUUAUUAUCUGUUCAACACACGACUAACGAGAUUGCAUAAAUUUUCGACUAUAAAAACACGCAAAAACAAAAUGACAUGAAUUUAAAUGACAUAAAGUUCCAAAAAAUGUGUGAAACAAUUUUUAAUUUCUUUUGCGAUAUUUUUUGAUAAAUUUAUGUCGUUUUGGGACAU